GGAAGCAAAACGGGAUGAAGAAGCAAAUAGGGCAGUGACAAGGGCAAUGACAACACCGACAACUGAUCUCUUCUCGUGUAUGUCAACAUGAAGAGGAGAGUCAUACAUUUUUAAAUAGAACGGUGUGAAACAGCGGCCCCUACAGGAGCGACGGUAAAGACCCCGCCCCGUUCGCGUGUCCCACUUGAACCGGAAGUCGAUUGCCGAGCUCGGGGAAAAGCACAGCUAGCCUCUCCGGAGCGAUGGCGAACCGAACUGUGAAGGAUGCGAACAGCAUACACGGGACAAACCCGCAGUACCUGGUGGAGAAAAUCAUCCGGACCCGAAUCUACGAGUCCAAAUACUGGAAGGAGGAGUGUUUCGGCCUGACCUCCGAGCUGAUCGUGGACAAGGCCAUGGAGCUGCGCUACAUCGGCGGCGUUUUCGGGGGAAACAUCAAGCCCACUCCCUUCCUCUGCCUGACGCUGAAGAUGCUGCAGAUCCAGCCGGAGAAGGACAUCAUCGUGGAGUUCAUCAAGAACGAGGAUUUCAAGUACGUGCGUCUGCUGGGGGCCAUGUACAUGCGGCUGACGGGGACGGCGGUGGACUGCUACAAGUAUCUGGAGCCGCUGUACAACGACUACAGGAAGAUCAAGACUCAGAACAGGAACGGAGAGUUCGAGCUGAUGCACGUGGACGAGUACAUCGACGAGCUCCUUCACUCGGAGAGAGUGUGUGACAUCAUCCUGCCUCGCCUUCAGAAGCGGCAGGUCCUGGAGGAGGGCGAGAUGCUGGACCCCAGGAUCAGCGCUCUGGAGGAAGACCUGGACGAUGUGGAGAGCAGCGAGGAGGAGGAUGAAGAGGACGAGAAGCCGGAGAGACUUCAGAGCCCGGAGCCUCACCGACGCAGCUACAGGGACAGCGACAGGCCGCGGCGCUCGCCGUCGCCCCGGUACAGACGCAGCCGCUCCCCCAGAAGACGCAGCCGGUCCCCGAAGAGACGCAGCCCCUCCCCCCGCAGGGACCGCCACCGCAGCAAGAGUCCGCGCCGGCACCGCAGCCGCUCCAGGGAGCGGCGCCACCGCUCCAAGUCUCCAGGUCACCACAGAAGCCACCGGCACCGCAGCCAGUCCCAGGAGAGGAGCUCGAAGAAGAGCCACAAGAAGAGUCGGAGAAACAACUGAUGCUGCUGUGUGUUGUCACUUUUGUGUUUUUAUUUGGGCCUAGACCAAGUCUGGGACUUUGUACAGGAAUAAACUCAACUUUUACA